AUGCAGCGAAUGCUUUUUAAAGUAUUUGCAGCAUCAGCAAUACGUGGCUUAAGGUUUUUUCAAAUUUUGCGUAUGCUACGCAUAGAUCGACGUGCAGGUACUUGGAAAUUAUUGGGCUCCGUUAUUUGGGCUCAUCGUCAGGAAUUGCUCACAACUUUAUAUAUUGGUUUUCUUGGACUUAUUUUUUCUUCAUUUCUUGUUUACCUUUGUGAAAAGAGUACCAAUGAGAAAUAUUCAACCUUUGCGGAUGCUCUUUGGUGGGGAGUGAUAACUUUAUCAACGGUUGGUUACGGUGAUAAGACACCGGAAACAUGGCAUGGUAAAAUGAUUGCAGCAUUUUGCGCCCUUCUUGGCAUUUCAUUUUUUGCUCUUCCUGCU